AUGACCCCAAGAGAUCGCUCACGAGGGCGAGACGUUCAUAUCUAUGAUGCCAGCGAUCGGAAUACAGUACUUGGCGGUCUAAUCCUCACAAACAGUAUCACAAACGCCAACUUCUUGUCGAUGGUAGAGAUUCUUGUCUUGAAUGACAGCAAGCUUCAGCCGGGGAAGUACUAUAUAACUGCUGCUGAUCCUUUCUCGGUCAACAAUGAGCCGUGGCUUCUCCGUACGAUAUCUCACACCACUGGAACUCGGGUCAAACCGUUCUGUGCAGCUGUACGUGCGCGAGAUCGUCGAUGCGUCAUAUCUGGAGUAGAGGCAAUCAAUUCCGACCUUGACGACUGGACGGGGUUUCACGCUACUCAUGUCUUCCCACUAGCCUACCACGACCAUUGGACGAAGAACGGCUACGAUCGCUGGAUUACAAUUCUGCCGGAGAAGGGUGAAGCCAUUAACUCUGUACAAAAUGGAUUGUUGCUUCGAACUGAUAUACACGAGUUGUUCGAUAUGUUUAACCUCUCAAUUAACCCCGACGACAACUAUAAGAUUGUUUUCUUCACCCGCGAUGCGAACGGUCUAGCCGGCAAGUGUCUUGACCAAAAGUUUCGAGAUAACCUUCAACGACCUGUCGAUCAGGUUUUGCGAUGGCACUUCAGACAGGCUGUCCUAGCAAAUAUGAGGGGUGCUGGCGAGCCUCGGUUCGAGCAUGACUUCCCGCCCGGCUCAGAUAUGGUUGGUGACAUUCUUCAUGGUCCAAAGGCGGCCGAAAGGAUGGAAUUCGAGUUGUUCAAUCGCCUAGCAGCAUAGGUUGAUGUAUGAGGCGUUUCUCUUAGCUAGGCAGGAAUAUUGUACUUUACUCAGUUUUCGCCAAUAGACCAUCAACCCCUUUAGUUACACAUAUUGCACUCUAUACAGAGCGUUGCUCAACAAUCCCAAAAGCAAG